AUGCGACUGAGCCACAUUUGCUGCAUUUUUUAUCAGCUGUGUUUCCUAUCAAAUGGGAUCAUUUCAGGUCUGCAUGCAUCAGGAGACUCUGAGGAGUGGGAGAUCAUCUUCCCAGCACUGUGGAGCAGAGGCCAGCAGGAGCCUGCUGGAGGCAGUGGUGGUGGAGGCAGCUGCAGUACUGAUCCCAGCUGUGGAAACAGCAGCAGCACCAGUGCUUCUGCUACACCUAGCCAGGUGGCAGGCAGCUCCCGCGAGGUCCGCUCGGUCUCCUCCUUGGUAGACAGACAACCACAGCCAGCUGGGGAGGUCGCAGAGGAGGAGGAUGCGGAGGAUGAUUACGAGUCUCAGGAAUUCUAUCACUGGUCUCCCCAUCCUCAGGGAUCUGGCGCUGCUUCUCAGUUACCGCCGCCACCUUCCCCACCACCGCCACCACCGUCAGAGGAUGGGGAUGAGGUGUUGCUGAGGAUCCCGGCCUUUGCCCGGGAGCUCUACCUGUUGCUCAAGAGAGAUAGCCGCUUCUUGGCACCUGGCUUUGCAGUGGAGGAGCGGCUCAGGGAUGAGGGGAAAAGCCCCCCAGGCGCUUCCCAUUCUCAGCCUGAGAGAGCCUGUUACUACAGUGGCACUGUGCUUCGUUACCCAGGCUCCUUCGCAUCUUUCAGUACCUGCGGAGGCAACCUAAUGGGGUUUAUACAGAUUAACGAGGACUUCAUAUUUAUUGAGCCACUCAAUCACACUUUGGCUGUGACAGGUCACGCGCACAGGGUGUACAGACGAAAAAGGUCCAUAGAGGAGAAAGUUACUGAAAAGCUAGCUCCUCACAACCAUUACUGUGGUGUUGUUACAGAUAAAAGAAAAUCCAGGAAUCAAAAACUAGGAGGAAGAGGAAGAAAAAAAAGAUACUCCUAUAAAUUACCUCAGGAGUACAAUAUAGAAACUGUAGUGGUUGCAGAUCCAGCUAUGGUUUCGUAUCAUGGAGCAGAUGCUGCCAGGCGAUUUAUUUUAACCAUCUUAAAUAUGGUUUUUAACCUUUUCCAGCACAAGAGCCUUGGAAUUCAAGUGACUCUUCGAGUGACUAAGCUUGUUCUGCUUCAUGAGACUCCAGCAGAUAUGUAUAUCGGGCAUCAUGGGGAAAAAAUGCUGGAGAGUUUCUGUAAGUGGCAACAUGAGGAGUUUGGCAAGAAGAACGAUAUACAUUUAGAAAUGUCAACAAGCUGGGGAGAAGACAUGUCAUCAGUAGACGCAGCCAUACUUAUCACAAGGAAGGAUUUCUGCGUACAUAAAGAUGAACCAUGUGAUACUGUUGGUAUAGCAUAUUUGAGUGGAAUGUGCAGUGAAAAACGAAAAUGUAUUAUUGCAGAGGACAAUGGUCUGAAUCUCGCGUUUACCAUUGCCCAUGAGAUGGGCCACAACAUGGGAAUAAAUCAUGACAAUGACCACCCAUCCUGUGCAGAUGGUCUCCAUAUAAUGUCUGGAGAAUGGAUUAAAGGACAGAAUCUUGGUGAUGUUUCAUGGUCUCGGUGCAGCAGGGAAGAUCUAGAAAGAUUCCUCAGGUCAAAGGCCAGUAACUGUUUGCUACAGACAAAUCCCCAAAGCCUCAAUUCUGUGAUUAUUCCCUCCAAACUGCCAGGAAUGACGUACACUGCAGAUGAACAGUGUCAGAUUCUCUUUGGACCUAUGGCUUCAUUUUGUCAAGAAAUGCAGCAUGUUAUUUGCACUGGGUUGUGGUGUAAGGUGGAAGGUGAGAAGGAGUGCAAAACUAAACUGGAUCCACCAAUGGAUGGAACAGACUGUGACACUGGAAAGUGGUGUAAGGCUGGAGAAUGUACCAGUAGGACAUCUUUUCCUGAACAUCUGGAGGGGGAGUGGAGCACAUGGAGCACUUGCAGCAGAACUUGCAACACUGGAAUCAGCAGUCGACAGCGCAAAUGCACUGGGCCAGGUCCUGAAGGAGAUUGUCAUGGACCCAGAAUACAAUACAAAAUAUGUGAGAAUCCUUCUUGUCCUGCUGGAAUGCCUAUGUUCAGGGACUGGCAAUGUCAGGCCUUCGCUGUCAGACCUUCAUAUCAGAAGCAUGUAUUCCAGUGGCAGGCUGUUAUAGAUGAAGAAAAGCCUUGUGCAUUAUAUUGUUCCCCUGUUGGAAAGGAUCAGCCUAUUCUUCUAACAGAAAAGGUGAUGGAUGGGACUUCUUGUGGUCAGCAUGGAUUAGAUAUCUGCGCAAAUGGUAGAUGCCAGAAAUUUGGCUGUGAUGGAAUAUUAGGAUCUCUGGCACGAGAAGAUCAUUGUGGUGUCUGCAAUGGUAAUGGAAAAUCAUGCAAAGUUAUUAAAGGCGAUUUUAACCAUACCAGAGGAGCAGGUUACGUUGAAGCUUUGGUGAUACCUGCAGGAGCAAGAAGAAUCAAAGUUGUGGAAGAAAAACCAGCUCACAGCUACUUAGCUCUUCGAGAUGCCAGCAAACAGUCCAUUAAUAGUGACUGGAAGAUAGAACAUUCAGGAACAUUCAAUAUUGCUGGGACUACUGUCCAUUAUGUUCGGAGAGGUCUCUGGGAGAAAAUCUCUGCCAAAGGUCCCACAACAUCACCUUUACAUCUACUGGUCCUGCUUUUUCAUGACCAGAAUUACGGUCUGCAUUAUGAAUACACUAUUCCACUGGACCCUCUUCCUGAGAAUCAGAGCUCAAAAGUGCCUGAACCUCUUUUUAUGUGGACGCACUCAGGUUGGGAGGACUGUGAUGCUGUAUGCGGAGGAGGAGAAAGAAAGACAACAGUAUCUUGCACAAAGAUUAUGAAUAAGAAUAUCAGUAUUGUGGACAAUAAGAAAUGCAAAUAUUUAACAAAGCCUGAGCCACAGGUCCGAAAGUGCAAUGAACAACCGUGCCAGACAAGAUGGAUGAUGACCGAAUGGACUCCUUGUUCAAGGACAUGUGGAAAAGGAACCCAGAAUAGACAAGUUGCCUGUACACAGCAGCUAAGAAAUGGAACCUUGAUUAGAGCUAGGGAAAGAGAUUGUCUUGGGCCAAAACCUGCUUCUGCCCAGCGCUGUGAAGGCCAGGAUUGUAUGACUGUGUGGGAAGCUGGAGUGUGGUCUGAGUGUUCUGUAAAAUGUGGAAAAGGAGUACGACAUCGGACUGUGAGGUGCACCAAUCCCCGAAAGAAGUGUGUUUUGUCCACAAGACCUAAAGAAGAGGAAGACUGUGAGGACUAUUCCAAAUGCUAUAUCUGGAGAAUGGGAGACUGGUCUAAGUGUUCCAUUACCUGUGGCAAAGGAAUGCAGUCCCGAGUAAUCCAAUGCAUGCACAAGAUCACAGGAAGACAUGGCAAUGAAUGUUUUUCCUCAGAAAAGCCUGCAGCAUACAGACCCUGCCAUCUUCAACCCUGCAACGAGAAAAUUAACGUAAAUACGAUCACAUCACCCAGGUUAGCUGCUUUAACAUUCAAGUGCCUGGGAGACCAGUGGCCUGUAUACUGCAGAGUGAUACGAGAGAAGAACCUCUGUCAGGACAUGAGGUGGUAUCAACGCUGCUGUGAGACAUGCAGGGACUUUUAUGCGCAAAAAAUGCAACAAAAGAGUUGA